CUUUAAUAGUGGUUCAAAUGUCAUAACUACGACUUCAAUGAGUGUUUCAAAGGAGACGAUAACAACAUCUAUUACCCCAAAUAUCUUGUUAGAAGGUUCAUCUAGCUCUAAGAAAAUUGAUGAAUCUUAUGUGGUAUUGCAAGGAAAUAAUUCGACUGAUAUUAUACCUGAAGAAAGAUUAGAUGGCAUAUCUGGUGGUACUCUCAAUCAUUAA